AUGCUCAAGAAUCAAACCAGAACGCGACGGAAAUUUGAAAUCGGAGACAUUAUUAUGGUGCGGAAACAAGUAAAAUCAAACGCCUCUGCAGGAAUACCAGCAAAACUGGUGCUAAGAACAAAAGGACCCUAUAGAGUCAUCGAGAAAGCGUCAGAAGACUCAUACAGACUACAAAAGAUCCCAGGGACAAGCACCAUGCUAAAGAAGCGAGGAUCAACCCCAAUCAAAGAAUCAGCAUUCAGAAUGCACAAGAUCCCAUCGCCGAUAAUACUACACAAACGAGUGGACACACCAGAUAUAAGACUAGCAAACAUGAGGAGCCCGCUAGCACACAGCCCCCUGGAAAUGAAUCUAGGACUGGUUGAUUUUGGUAAAUACACGACAACACUGACAGACACAGAAAACGCAUUUGAGCCAAUCAAAGACAUUUGGGACAAAGAAGUUGAGCCAACGGAAGAUUUAUCAGACAAAGGAGAAGACGACACCCCUACACCAUCCAUACUGGACGCUAUCCAACGCACGCAGCCUCGGCCGAUUAACAAAGACGUACCACCAACAGAUACAGAAGGAGCCAACCAAACCAGACAGGUCCAUACCACAGAAACCAUCACAGAAGAACUCAAUCUACAGAGCUUAUACAAACGAACCACACAAUCCAAGGACAAAUUAUUUGUCAUAGCCCAUCAAGACGGCACAUCAGGGUGGAACAACUGGUACGUGAUACAAAUCGACAUGGAGGAGACCAACGAGAAACUAGCAAGAACAAAAGGACAGUAUCACUGCAAGUGGUACAUACCAAGACCAACCACUACAAAGCAUGGCUCCCCAAUGAUCAGCCCCUUUUGGCCCCUAAUCAAAGAAUUCACCGACGAGACAACAUCUGGCCCAACAGUACCUGUUGGGAUAUGA